GUGGUGGCGGGCGCCUGUAGUCCCAGCUUCUCGGGAAGCUGAGGCAGGAGAAUCGCUUGAACCCGGGAGACGGAGGUUGCAGUGAGCCGAGAUCGCGCCACUGCACUCCAGCCUGGGCGACAGAGCGAGACGCCUUCCAAAAAAAAAAUGGAUUGGGAGAAUGAAACUUAACACUUAGUGAAGAAUUGAGGGAAAUUACCUAGGCUAAAGAAAAUAUAUUUAAAGCACUUUUUUUUUUUUUUGAGCUAUCUAACAACUUUGAACGAGGGCUGAAAGAAGCGGCCUAGCGAGUCGACAUAGGUCGCGCCUCCCAUAUAUAGGUCCCGGCCUGGCGCGCACGCGGAACCUGAGUGCUGCGGCUACGGCGCAGACCGGGCGAGUUUCCCAGAAGGACGCCGGUUCCUUGCUCUUGCUGGCCCCUGCGAGGUAGCUUCUGGAAGGCGCUGCUCUUCCGGUUCUCUGUCCCGGUUCCUGGGUUGCACAGACAGACCCUGUAAACAUGUCAGGGUUCAGUCCGGAGCUUAUCGACUACUUGGAAGGGAAAAUCUCCUUCGAGGAGUUCGAACGGCGGAGAGAAGAGAGAAAAACCCGCGAGAAGAAAAGUCUUCAAGAAAAAGGAAAGUUAUCAGCUGAAGAAAAUCCCGAUGACUCUGAAGUUCCAUCAUCAUCAGGAAUUAACUCUACCAAAUCCCAAGACAAAGAUGUCAAUGAAGGAGAAACAUCAGAUGGAGUGAGUAAGUCAGUUCACAAGGUCUUUGCUUCCAUGCUUGGAGAGAAUGAAGAUGAUGAGGAGGAAGAGGAAGAAGAAGAGGAGGAGGAGGAGGAGGAAGAAACACCUGAGCAACCCACUGCGGGCGAUGUAUUUGUAUUGGAGAUGGUUCUCAAUCGUGAAACCAAGAAAAUGAUGAAAGAGAAAAGGCCUCGGAGUAAACUUCCCAGAGCUCUGAGAGGUCUCAUGGGUGAAGCCAACAUUCGUUUUGCUCGAGGAGAACGUGAAGAGGCGAUAUUGAUGUGCAUGGAAAUCAUAAGACAAGCUCCUCUGGCUUAUGAGCCAUUCUCUACUCUUGCCAUGAUAUAUGAGGACCAAGGUGACAUGGAAAAAUCAUUGCAGUUUGAGUUGAUUGCUGCACAUUUAAAUCCCAGUGACACAGAAGAAUGGGUUAGACUGGCAGAAAUGUCUCUGGAACAAGACAAUAUUAAGCAGGCUAUUUUUUGCUAUACAAAAGCUCUUAAAUAUGAACCUACUAAUGUCCGUUAUCUGUGGGAGCGAUCAAGCCUUUAUGAACAGAUGGGUGAUCAUAAAAUGGCCAUGGAUGGUUAUAGGCGUAUUUUAAACCUUUUGUCUCCAUCUGAUGGCGAACGUUUUAUGCAGCUGGCUAGAGAUAUGGCAAAGAGUUACUAUGAAGCUAAUGAUGUUACUUCUGCUAUUAACAUAAUUGAUGAAGCUUUCUCAAAACACCAGGGCCUAGUCUCCAUGGAAGAUGUUAACAUAGCAGCUGAACUAUAUAUUUCUAACAAACAGUAUGACAAAGCUUUGGAGGUAAUUACAGAUUUUUCUGGAAUUGCGCUGGAAAAAAAAACUUCAGAAGAAGGCACCUCAGAAGAGAAUAAAGCUCCUGAGAAUGUUACCUGCACUAUACCUGAUGGCGUACCAAUAGAUAUCACAGUGAAGUUGAUGGUCUGCCUUGUACAUCUCAACAUCCUUGAACCACUUAAUCCUCUCUUGACAACACUAGUAGAACAGAAUCCUGAAGAUAUGGGAGACCUAUACCUAGAUGUUGCUGAAGCUUUUCUGGAUGUUGGUGAAUAUAAUUCUGCACUUCCCCUCCUCAGUGCUCUUGUUUGCUCUGAAAGAUACAACCUUGCAGUAGUUUGGCUUCGUCAUGCAGAAUGUUUAAAGGCCUUAGGCUAUAUGGAGCGAGCUGCUGAAAGCUAUGGCAAGGUGGUUGAUCUGGCCCCACUGCAUUUGGAUGCAAGGAUUUCACUUUCUACCCUUCAGCAGCAGCUGGGCCAGCCUGAGAAAGCUCUGGAAGCUCUGGAACCAAUGUAUGAUCCAGAUACUUUAGCACAGGAUGCAAAUGCUGCACAGCAGGAACUGAAGUUAUUGCUUCAUCGUUCUACUCUGUUGUUUUCACAAGGCAAAAUGUAUGGUUAUGUGGAUACCUUACUUACUAUGUUAGCCAUGCUUUUAAAGGUAGCAAUGAAUCGAGCCCAAGUUUGUUUGAUAUCCAGUUCCAAGUCUGGAGAGAGGCAUCUCUAUCUUAUUAAAGUAUCAAGAGACAAAAUAUCAGACAGCAAUGACCAAGAGUCAGCAAACUGUGAUGCAAAAGCAAUAUUUGCUGUGCUCACAAGCGUCUUGACAAAGGAUGACUGGUGGAAUCUUCUGUUGAAGGCCAUAUACUCCUUAUGUGACCUAUUCCGAUUUCAAGAGGCUGAGUUGCUUGUAGAUUCCUCAUUGGAAUAUUACUCAUUUUAUGAUGACAGGCAAAAACGCAAAGAACUAGAAUACUUUGGUCUGUCUGCUGCAAUUCUGGACAAAAAUUUCAGAAAGGCAUACAACUAUAUCAGGAUAAUGGUAAUGGAAAAUGUCAAUAAACCCCAGCUCUGGAACAUUUUCAAUCAAGUUACCAUGCACUCCCAAGAUGUACGACAUCAUCGCUUUUGUCUCCGUUUGAUGCUGAAAAACCCAGAAAAUCAUGCCCUAUGUGUCUUAAAUGGACACAAUGCAUUUGUUUCUGGUAGUUUUAAGCAUGCGCUUGGACAGUAUGUGCAAGCCUUUCGCACUCACCCUGAUGAACCUCUCUAUAGCCUCUGCAUAGGCCUAACCUUUAUUCAUAUGGCAUCUCAGAAGUAUGUGUUACGGAGACAUGCUCUUAUUGUACAGGGCUUUUCCUUUCUUAAUCGAUACCUCAGUUUACGUGGGCCCUGCCAGGAAUCAUUCUACAAUUUGGGCCGUGGCCUUCAUCAGUUGGGGCUGAUUCAUCUUGCAAUCCACUAUUAUCAGAAGGCCCUGGAGCUCCCUCCACUUGUGGUAGAGGGUAUAGAAGUUGACCAGUUAGACUUACGAAGAGAUAUUGCCUACAACUUGUCUCUCAUUUAUCAGAGCAGUGGGAAUACCGGAAUGGCUCAAAGGCUUUUGUAUACCUAUUGUUCUAUAUAAAGCACCGCAACUGAGAACGGAGCAAUGGCAGCUGCUGUGUGAGGACCAGUAUCUUCUGUCUCAGGGCUUAUUAUUUGUAAUUCCAAAAUAGAAAUGACAAUUUCAGAAUUACCUAACAGUGUAUUUAUUUUUAAUAUGUGAUAAUGAUCAUGUGGUAUAUAUGCAAAAUUAUUCCUACAAAAAUUUGUAUAUUGUUCUGUCAUUUUCCUUUCACAUUCUAUAGUGAAUUGUUCCCAAUGCUGAAAUGGACGUAUAAGCCUUUGAGCUAGCUUGGAGUUGAAUACACUAUUUUUCACUCACACCAUUUAUUCAUCUUUGUUAUUUAAUACUAUAGCUCUGUCAAUAUCACGAGGCAGUUUUUCAAAUACAUAUAAACAGAGGUUGCUUAUUAUUAAAGGAAAGACAAAGUGGGACUCUUUAUGAUGUCAUGACUGUGAUAACUAAGCACCUAAGAAAAUUAUUUAAAAUAGUUAUGUGGUAGGUAGAAAGAAAGACAAAUAAUUUAGUUUUUUACUUUUCACCUGCAUGUAUCUUAGCUCCCUAAACUGAAACAUGGAAGGCUGGGCUUAAUUCAAAAUAUAUUGCUCCAAGGCAAAUAAAAAAAAUGCUUUAUCUAUAUUUGUGGCUUUCUGAUGAAAAAAUAGAGAAGAGCUUGUUCAAUAACAGGACAUGGUUUCCAUUUCAAGAUCACAAGGAAUAUAAGACUGGGCAAGUAGUACGUAUGGAAUAAAGGAGUAAAAAAAAAUUUUUUUUUAACUCAUCUCAACUAUUAUAUGUUUUUGAAUUUAAGUUAACAAUACAUUUAGAUACACUGUUAGCUUAAUAACAACUUUUUAGGGAAAAAUAAAUGCUGUAAUUAAUGUGCACAUGGGUUAGUAACACCCAGCCCAAUUGUGGGAGGGAAACAAGUAGAGGCUUAGGAUCAAAGAAAUAAAAUUGGGACUUAUUAGAAAUUCUUUCUUACCACUGUUUUUCUACUGUACACAAAACUUUCUAGUUGAGCAGAAUUUGUAUGCAAUAAGUAAAUACAUUGUGCAUUCUGUGUGUAUAAUUUAAAUACAUUUUAUUUUUAUAAUUGA